AUGGAUCUUCAAAAGCAACGUGCUAAUGAAAUCCGCCAGUUGAGGGAAAAUCACGACCAUAAGAUUGAAAGCAUUCUUGAAGGUUACUCCAAAAAGUCCAGGGAGUUUGAGGCAUUGAAGGCCGAGCGUGAGCUACUUCUCGAGGCUCUUGGCGUGACACUUCCGAAAGAGUCGGCUGAGAGUGUUCAGGAGAGCAGCGAAGCCGCGCCUCCUCCGAGGAUUGAUCGGGGACAAAGUAGUAGCAAUCCAUUGGUUGCAAGAGUACUGUUUAGUGAACUGGAAGGUAAUGAUCAUCAGGACAAAGUUGAAGGCAUUCCUAACUUGGACUUUCUCAAAGAGAAUGAUUCAAAUGUUUAUGCCACUGAUUCAGCUGAAUCCGAUCCGCCUCCCGUGCCAGCUUCGCAGCUCGACCCAGUGAUUGCCGCACUUCAGGAACAAAUCCAGAACCUCAGGGAUGAUAUGCAAUCGCAAAGCAAGAAGAAAAGCAAAGCUGUUAGUUCUUCAAGUUCGAGUUCAGUUUCAUCUCAAGAGAUUGAUUCUGAGUACAUCAGAGAACAGAAGCUAAUGCGACUGAAAGCCUACGAGAAGAUCAAGAUUCCAAGCCUUCCCAAGUCAGCAGCUGAAGUGAGGACAUGGAAGAAUUCACUUAUCUCCCAAUUGGUUUCGUGUUGCAAGAGUAGUGAGAAGGAACUUCUUUCUUGGCUUCAACGACCAUUAGACGGAGAUGAGGAGCAUGCAGGAAGAGCACCAGAGUUUCCUGUGUUGAAUCGUGUCCUGGGGUCUAAGUUGCUAGAACUAUCUAAAGGAAACAGAUUUUCGAUCGACUUUCAAUCGCUGCAGGAGCGAAGCGUUCGAAUUGGAAUGCAGGCACCUGGGCUUUUGUUGGUGGCAAAGAUAUGCAAACGGUUCCGGUUGGACAAAGAGAAGGGUAUGUCACUUUCACAGCAACAUUUGCUAUCAUUAAAACCGCAAGGGGUUGAGAUCAAAGAUCUUGAAAUCUUUCGGGACAGAGUUGAGUUUAUCCUUAGCAGUCUCGAGACAACAGAGUACCCCUCAGAGUCAAUUCUCAGAACAUGGUUGUAUGCUUGUUUGAAAGCCACCCCGAAGUUGAACCUUAGAGUUGACAAGUUCCGGGAAGCUGCAACUGGUUCAUCCUACCGAACUUUUCAGUAUCUUUGGCAAUCCAUGUUGGAUGUAAUAGAUGAAGCACAACAUGAUCAGAACACGACAUCCGUGCUUUCUACACUGCGUGCCAAAGUUGAUACUGCUGCUGCACAAGCCACCGAUGACAAGAAGAAGAAAGACAAGAAAGACAAGAAAGACAAGAAAGAGAAACAAACUCCGGAAUCACCAGCUGCCCCAUUCACACCAAAGGCCAAGCCAAGUGCGAAGGCAGAUCCGAAGGCCAAGCCUAAGGAAGCCAAGCAAGAUGCAUUGCCAGCGCGAAGGAUUAACCAACCUCAUGUGAUGUCGGAUGGAAAGCCUAGUGAAAAGUUUGGGGAUAGAAUCCAUGCAGAUCACAUCAUCAUUUCCAAAGACCGCCUCAGUGAUGGACAUAAGGGACUGAAUGGGGAAAGUGUUUGUUUAAUCUUGUAUGACGAUUUCACAAAGAUCGUUGCUGCAUAUCCAGCCAAGACGAAGAGCACCGACCAAUGCAUCCGUGCAUGUAACCAUUUCCUUGGAAGCAGACCUGCCCAAGAGUUGCACUCCGACAACGCACCAGAGCUUGAAGCUUGUGCGGCAAAGAUAGGUUUAGUGCCUGACCUGACAGUGCCAUAUCGUAAGACUGCUGAGAUCAACAGGAAGAUCCGAACAAUCGAAGAUUGUGUUCGAUGCUGUCUUGUGCAGAUCGGCAACCAGAAUGCCGCAUGGCCGCUCGCUGUUGAGUACACCACGUCAGCCAUGACCUUAGAUGUUUGGAGGUUAGCAGACAUAGUGAUUGAACAGGGGGGUCGUGUCCACUUUGAGUGGCCGACGCACUGCCAUGGUUGGAAUGAAGUUGCUCCAGAGGAGUUUCCUAUAGUGAGUCUGUCCAUUCAUGAGUUGAUUGACAGAAGGGAAUGGAUCAACGAUCCAGCCGCAUUAGCUGAAAUCAAGAAGGAAGCUGAUGGGUUAGUGAAUGCUGGAACUUGGACAUAUGAUCAUGUUGUUCCAAGGGCAAAGCUGGAAGCAGAUGCCAGAGCAUCUGGUAAGGACAUUGCGAUCGGACGAUUGUUGACCAUUGUCUCUUGGAAGAACGCUGAGUCUACCACUUUGAAGAAACUCAAAGCCAGAAUUUGCUUUCGAGGCGACGAGGUGCGUGAUGCCUUUGGCCAAUACGCAGAGUUUCAGGAGUUGAAGGUGAUUCCCACGACAAUCUCAGGAUUGAACCUGCUUCGUGUCAACUUUAUAAAGAUGUGUCUGGAGUAA